CUGUCACCCACGGGGUUCCUGCUGUCAGUAUAUAUAAGAGGAAAACCCAGUGACAGCUCACAAGCACCUAUACUCCAGACGCUGAAUGGACACAAAGGAAACGCAGCUCUAGAGGAAGUCUGUGUCUGACAUCUCAUUCCUGCCUGCUGCUCUGUUGUGCAGGAUGUCUCAAAGGAAGAUGCUGCGUUUCUCCACGGGAGCUCCGCUUCUUCUCCUGUCCUGGUUUGGUGGCUUGGUCCUCGGUGAGAUCAGCAGCGACUUCUCCCAGUGCCUGGAUUUCUUCUAUGAGAAAACUCCACCGCAGGGCAUCAGUGCAUCUGGAUACCAGCCAAUAUGCCAGCGCUACAAAAACCAGUACCACUUUGCCAGCCUGUAUCACCGCCAGUAUCGCACACCACUGUACUCUGCGUACAUACUCAGCCCUGCAGAUGGCAAACGGCCCAACAGCAUUUGGAUGUAUGAGCCACAGUUGGCGUUUUCCCGUGCCAGCUCAGAGAUGAAACCUUUCCGUACUCCCGUGGACCAGAAUGUGAUGGAGAGCCAGGCGGUGCUUCAGGACUACAAGAAUUCCAACUUCACCAAAGGCCAUCUCAAUCCCAGCAUGCACCAGAAGACAAAAGAGGACCGUGAGGCCACCUUCACUCUGACUAACAUUGUCCCUCAGCGGGCGGGCUCCAACUCUGGCCCUUGGAGCCGUCUGGAGAGUAAGGUGCUGGAAAGAUUCGAGGCUUUCUGCGAGGGGCCGAUGUAUGUGAUCACUGGGGCCAUGCCUUAUGAGUCUGGAUCACGCUGGAUUAACAACAGGGUGUCUGUUCCUGAGUACAUGUGGUCUGCCUACUGCUGCCCAUCAUACAGAUCUGACCUUCCUGAGUCUGAGCAGCCAUUUUUCCCCACACAUGCUGCAGUGGGAAGAAAUGACCGCAGCAGUGGAGAGGAGAUUGUGCCAAUUAAUGUCAAGGUGAAGGCCUCAGUGCGAGGCUAUGAUGUGAAGCAGAUGUCUUUAGAGACUCUAGAGGGCAUCCUGAGACAAAGGCUGGCCAUGCCCAUCAGUCUGUUUGCUGGGCAGUGUCAGAAACAAAGUGGAAAAGCUUUAGUUCCUUGUUAAAAUCAAAUGCAGGAGUCACCACAUACUGUCUGCUCAGAAUCAACAAGUUACAAAGAUUUCAUUCCCUCGCUCCUUAACUGUCUCUUUAAUUACUGAGUGAGAUCAGAGUUUGAUGAACCAGGAUAUGAUGAUUAUCUCAUGAUGACUGAAAUUAAUUUUUUCAAAUGAUCAGGAUUUUGUAAAACAAAUAUUGUUCCUUCUUGUAACAUGUUCAAUAACUAACUCCAUGAUUUUACAUUAAAACAACAUGAGUGCACUGAAAUGUUUAUUCAGCAUCAUCAAUAACUUUAUCAAUACAAUACCAACACAUCCAAACAAAAUGGUUGCACACGUCACAUUGUGAACAUUUGUGUACACACUCAGUUCAGCAGCAGGAAAACAGCACAGACACACUUUUGCAUGUAGACAGUUUAGAAAAACAUGGCAUACUGUUCUGUUGAGGUAUGGCCCUAUGUAUGUUGGUCUUAUUUUCCAAGAAAAGAAUAUUUUUGAUAUUGUUAGUUUUCUUAUUAUUCUAUAAUAAUCCCAGACAGACACCUUAACCUGUCUUCACCUUCCAGCCAUGCAGCAUCUGCACGAGUGGCCUGAUCAGGGGGAAACGCUGAGCAGAGAACAUUGUUGGAGAUGGACAUACUGCAACAGAGCUGGUUCACUCUAAAUGAACUCAAUUAACAUUGCUAUCAAAGUGUGGCUGUAAGUCUUUGCAUGAUUUAUCAUUUAUCUUCAACACACUGAAUUGACUUGAUGAGACACACUGUGUUUGAAUGAAUAGUGGAACUGUGCCCUGCUACUUUUUAAUGUAGUAAUACACACUCUGCCCUGCAGAUGGCAAACAGCCCAAUGCCACUUGGUUUGUAAGGUCAUGAUGGUAAAUGAAAAAUACA